UAGUGUUCUGUCACUUUUUAAACUCUCACGUGGAGACAUGGCCACUGAGGAGCUAGCUAAGAAACUCCAGCGCCGGCUGAUGCUGCAGAUAUCGGCAGAGGAUGCAAACGGCGAAAUGGUCGAGAACAACAAUUAUUUAGAGAUUGGGGGAGGCACAGAAGGCCGACCGGUCAGAAGGAAUACAGACACCGAGCUCUCCGUUAUCCUGUCCAGGAGACUGGACAUCAAUGAAGGAACAAAGGAGCCCAAGCAGAAUAAAGUGUUUAAUCCUUACACCGAAUUCAAGGAGUUCACCAGGAAACAGAUCAAAGAGAUGGAGAAGAUGUUCAAGCUCUAUGACUCUGGAAAGGAUGGCUUCAUUGACUUGAUGGAACUAAAGUUGAUGAUGGAGAAACUUGGAGCUCCUCAGACUCACAUUGGCUUGAAAAAAAUGAUCAAAGAAGUAGAUGAGGAUUUUGAUGGAAAGCUGAAUUUCAGAGAGUUUCUUCUGAUCUUCCACAAGGCGGCAGCAGGCGAGUUGGAGGAAGACAGUGGGUUGAUGGCUCUCGCCAGGCUUUCAGAAAUUGAUGUCUCAACCGAGGGGGUUCAAGGUGCCAAGCAUUUCUUUGAGGCAAAGGCUCAGGCUCUGACAACUGGCAGCAGGUUUGAAGCUGAAAUCAAAGCCGAGAAUGAGCGGCGCAAGCGUAUAGAAGAGGACAGGAAGCAACGAAGAGCAGCCUUUAAAGAACUGAAGGCCGCAUUUAUGUAGAAUUUCCUGUGUUUUACCCAGCACAACUACUUGUACAGAUUUGUAAAACACAGAACUGAAUACUAACAGUUGGAUAACUAAAACUUGCACUAAAUACUGUUUCUCGGUUGCCAUUUUGUUUGAAUUUAGCCUAAAGUUCUAGACUUGUAACCUUUUAGUUGUCUAACUGAUUUGACUCCAUACAUAAAGCCUCUAAAUUGCAAAUGCAUUAUUGGCACAACAAAAGUAAUCAUUUCUGGUUUAGAGUAGUUUGCUUAACAAUUCAGAGGAUGAUCAUAAUCACUUCUGUCCCUAUUCAUACUGUUCAAAAUUAAUGGCUCAGGACUGUGCUUUUGUAGAAUUUAAUGCCUCUUAGAAAUGCUGCAUUAAAUUGUACACCAUUUGAAGUAUUUUUGAAUUUAUCUUCUGUAGUCUUAUUUUUAUAUAUAUAAGGUAUACGUAUAUAUAAUCUGUAGUUCAUUUGGGCACAAUUUUAGACCAUAGAUGCAGAACAUGACUUUUUUCAACGGUAUUCAUGAAAACUGCUUUUUAUCUUAAACAAGUAUUUAAUCCAAAGACCAAUAAUGAUUUUAACAAAUUAAUCUGCAAAACUAUAAAAGAAUAGAUGCUUAAAAUUGUGUGGAUAAUAAGUUCAAAAUGUUAAUAUUGUAUCAAUAUUGAAUUAAGUCUCUGUAACUAAACAUUUUAGCUAAGUUUUGAUAAUAGUUGUAAAUGAGUAAUGUGUUGGUCACAAAUUGUACAUUUUCUAAAUAUAUGUUGAAUUUUAAUUGUACAAAUAAGGGAAACUUUGUGAAAUAGCAGGGUAUGUGUAUUAACUUUUCAUGGCACAAAGCACCGAGAUUUAGAGUCUUGUUCAUGUUUGCCCACAGUAAUUCUCCAGCCGAUGGAGUGGUCAGAGAAUGGCCGAGUCUGAUAGGUUUGAAAAACAGGAAGGACUUUGCCAGGCAUUAGGACAACCUACUUUUUAUGAUUUUUAGAAGAUUGUUAAAAUAACUUGAAAGCUGGUUAUUUUUCUGACUGCUCUCUUAGAGAGUGAUGGGUGCUGCUUGGCUUGGCAAAUGAAGGAGAUGUGAAUAUUAAACACUGUGGCAGGGCUCAGGUCAAAAAUGCCCUAAUUUCAUUCCAUUACAAUAAAGUAUCACUUGUUUUUAACAAUAUGAUCAUCUGAUAAAUUACUGGUUGGUCUGUGUUUUGACUGUCCAGUUAAUUAUUUGCUGGAACAAAAAGAUUCAACAUUUUCUGUAGUCCUUUUUUAAACAUGAUUGUCACCUCAUGUGUAUGCUUUGUGGAGUUUCUUGGACAGGAACCAUUUUGGAGCAGAAAACAUUUAUGUUGCAAUCACUUCCCACCCUUUUGGCCAUCUAACCAAGAACAUUCUAAUGAAUAUUUUGGCUAAUAUGUGUCCCCCUAAUCAAUGUGAUGUUAGCCUAGGAUCCCAUGAGAAUUUUUCAUUUCUUAUUUGAAGAUGGACUUGUUAAUGUCUCAUAAAACUUCACCAAAAUAAAUAUAAUCCAAAAGGAAAACAUGUUGAAUGGCAUUCCUAAAUUAUGUAAAUUAUGAAUGAGUUUGGUUAUGAAUGAAAUCAUUUCAUAUCUGGCCUUGUUGCCAUUAUGUUUUCAAUAGAUGCUAUAUUGUCCAAAAGAACCUCAAAAUGUUGCAGUCUACAGACCCUGUGUUGCCUCAAUCUUACAGUCCACAAAUGGUGAACAAAAGGAAUUGUAAACCUCAAGUUUGGUUGACAUACUGAAAUGAUUUUUUUCUCCAACCAUGUGUCAAUUACUUAUUUUGUGUUAGGGAUGGAAAGUUAGUUAGUGGAAAGAAAUGAGAGGGAAAACACUGACGUUGUUUUACCAGGGUAUAUAAGGUACCAAUUUUAACAGUACACCUGAGGCUUCUAUUAGGUAGCAAGCACAAUGAUUACAGGGACCCUGAUUUAGCACUGAUAUGAAAUGACUAAAUGAUUAUAUAAGACUGGGGACACAGGGGUAUAUUUGUGAGGAAGGCAAAGGUGACUGUAGUGAUUUUAUGAUAGUAAUGUUAAAAUAUUUGAAUUCUAUAGGUGAAGUAAAACAUGCAACAUGCAAGUAUUUAACGCAAUUUACCUAAUGUUUAUAAGCAAACUUUUAAAAAUGGAUUGACUUGACGGUUUGCAUUUUAAAGGAUGAUUUCUUCCGAGCUUUGUUACAACUCUUCCUCCAUGACUCAAAUGUCUGCAAUAUUUGUCCACUUGAAUGAAUCCUGAAUUAUUGCUCUUUUGCAAUAAUAACUCUUAUGGUAAUGUGCAUCUGCUAGUCAUGUGAUAAAAUCAUGCCCCUAGCAAGCUGUGUUUUUUUUAAGAAUGUCACCAUUAAGGGUUGCUAUAACAUUUUCACAAAGCAUGGGAAGAUGGGGAUAAAUUAUUAACAGUCCAGGUCACCUGGUGGUCAGCUGAAAUUAAAUGGAAUAAAAUCAGAAAAGAUAAAGCCAGUUUUAUCUGGAUGUGAUGCAGAAAAAUGUUGUAUAUUUAAAAGCAGGAGUCUAGAAGCAGAAAUUUUAAACAUUAAAGCAUUGCUAUUAAAUAUGCUGGAAAUGUUAAUGCUUUAAUUUGGGAAUUAUUUUGGGCAGGAGCCAUCCUUUACGAAAUCUGAGUUUCACAAUUUUUUAAAUGAUAUAAUAUACCUGCUGUGUUAAUGCUAUUUAAAAUCAUAUUUUUGAAAUAAUAAAAGAUACUAAUGAUC